UCGCGCCAUCCGCAAGUGUGCGCGCCUUUAUCAAAACUGUGUUAAUGUGGUCUAAGCGGUUGUAUAAUGUAUUCACUAAACAAUAACAAAAUUACCUACUUAAAACGAACCGUGCUGAUUGCCGGGCCAUAACUUAAGUGAACUUCGGACUGCAAGCACACGCGGCUGCAUUUCGUGAAAAAAAUAAAAACAUUUUCAACUACAAACCAGUCCUGCGGUUUGUUCUCCCGCCUUGUUUCAAAAACGAAUAAUAAAGACGAUAUCCCGUCGCAACUUUGUUAUGAAAAUAAACCUAGUUUUGGUAUGAACGAAGUUUUAAUAAUUUGGAAGUAAUAAAGUUCGCGUAUUUAUAAUGAGCAGAUAAUAAAGUGAUAGUUGUGUGACUUGUGUGCUAGAAAAAUAUCGAAUAAAUCUCGUGUCCGAUUUUAGCUGAUUCUUGUAAAUCACAAUGGCGAUUCACAGGAUAGUUUUCCUGGUGUUAUUCGUUCAUCUUGUAAGCUGUAACGACAACUCUAGCAGUCCUAUACCAUCUGUAUAUGAGCCAUCAUGGACGUACAAAUGCGUGCCAGACGAAGGUUGUCAACGGUCCCAAUCACCUCAACCCACGCUCAGUAAUGUGACAGGCACAGUGUAUGAAAGCUUGGACCUUUGCCGUACAGUAUGUGGCAGGUUUGGCGGAAUAUGGCCCAAGCCUGGUACCGCCGCGUUGAGCAUGCAGACUGUUAAAAUACACCCUAAUUAUUUAAGGUUCGAUUUAAUCGAUGCUCCUGUAGAGACUCGAGAAUUAUUAGCUAAAAUGACUCAAGUGGCAACAGCAAACUUAAUAGACGAGUGUAACGGCAAUGUUACCGAAAUAGUUACAACACCAGUUGUUGUUUACAUUACUAUUAAAUCAUCUAAUCUAGAACUGACCUGGCAAACUGACGAGAAAUAUAUGCUGGAUGUUCAAUCUAAAGAUGCAAACAUAGCCGUCCAUAUAUCUGCUGAAACAGUAUACGGAGCUAGGCAUGCCCUCGAAACUUUCACACAACUAGUAACAUCAGACAAGCCAGACUAUACUGACAUCUAUAAAUGUGGUCUCAGAUUAGUGUCUGGUGCUAAAAUCCGGGACAAACCAGUUUAUCCCCAUAGAGGAUUCCUUCUGGAUACUUCUAGAAACUUCAUUCCGUUAGAAGAUAUAAAGAGGAUGAUGGACGCGAUGGCAGCGACGAAAAUGAAUGUUUUUCAUUGGCAUGUUACGGAUUCUCAUAGUUUUCCGUUGGAGUCAGCGAGGGUGCCGCAAUUUACGAGAUACGGUGCCUAUUCAGCAUAUGAGAUAUACUCCACCGAAGAGGUCCGAGAGCUGAUAAGCUACGCCCAAAUCCGUGGAAUUAGAGUAGUUAUUGAGAUCGAUUCUCCAGCACAUGCUGGUAAUGGCUGGCAGUGGGGAAAGGAAUAUGGGUUCGGCGAUCUCGCAGUAUGUGUGAACGCAAAAGCAUGGCGGUCAUUGUGCAUCCAACCGCCUUGUGGCCAACUCAACCCUGCUAACCCCGAAAUGUAUAAAGUUUUACGAGAUCUGUAUAAGGAUAUCGCUGAAUAUUUGCUUAAACCUGCGCUUUUCCAUAUGGGAGGGGAUGAGGUAUUCCUCGAAUGCUGGAACUCGACCCAAGAAAUUGUGACCUACAUGCAAAGCAAAGGCUACGAUACCAACGUGGAAGGUUUUAUGAAGCUCUGGGCAGAAUUCCACGCAACCGCUCUCAGUAUUUGGGAUGAAGAGAUCGCUGCUCUUGGCGGCAGUCAGCAGCCCGUGAUGCUGUGGUCCUCGGAGCUCACACAGGCGCAUAGGAUACAGAGAUAUUUGAGUAAGGAGAGAUACGUAAUAGAAGUCUGGGAGCCAGUAUCCAGCUCAUUACUAUCCCAACUACUCCACUUGGGCUACCGAGUGGUAUCAGUACCAAAGGACAUUUGGUAUUUAGACCAUGGCUUCUGGGGCAAUACCAAGUACUCUAAUUGGAGGAAAAUGUACUCCCAUGUGUUGCCUGUGGAAGCCAAUGUGCUGGGGGGUGAAGUUGCCAUGUGGAGUGAAUAUGUGGACUCGCAGGCUUUGGAUACCCGAGUCUGGCCUCGCACAGCAGCUGUAGCAGAACGUCUCUGGUCUAACCCUAGUUCUAGCGCUAGUGCCGCAGAACCUAGAUUACAAAGACUUAGAUCUAGAUUAGCAGCUAGGGGAAUCCCCUCUGAUGUAUUGUCACCAGCUUGGUGUUCACAACAUGACGCUAGAUGCCUUUAAUAAACUUAUUUUUUUAUAUGAUGACGUCAUAGUUUUGAUAAAAACCUUGUCUACAAAGACUAAUGGGUGCUAAUGUCUAGAUUAGCAGCUCGGGGAAUCCCGGUAAAUAUUUAUAGAAAUAAACUUCUUUUUUUCUUGUAUAUUAUGACGUCAUUGUAUUGGUUUUGUAAUUAUAAUAGAAGCAAUGCAACAGUUGAAUGCAUUUCAAAUUAUUGUAACAUUGUUAAUAUUUAUAGAUAAAUAUUGUUAUGAAUAUGAUGGACUAUUUUGAAAAAACAUCUUGUAACAAAUUACGGUGCUCUAAAAUUGACAUCAAAUGUUUGUCUAUGGUUAUGAUAUUAUAACCAAGACAUAAAAUGUUCGAACCACAUAUUUAAAAAAGUGGCUAGUAGAAUGACCAAGAAGAAUGACCAAUCGAUCAGUGAAACAGACAUGUUAGAGCGUGGUUGUAUUACGUAAUUAAAUACUGAUAUAAUAUUUCUUAGACAUCUUCACUCGACCAAAGUCGGUACAAGAAUGACUUGCAACUGCAGACGACCGUUAUUUAUAGUACGAUCAAAACAACUAUUCGAGUGGUGUGACAGUGUGAGUCAGCGCAGGUGUUAUUUGUGUUGUUUUGAUCGUUAUUUUGAAUACGACAUGAAAUAUUAUUAUUACUCGAUAAUUAAAUGAUUGUUAAUACUUUUAUCCAAUUGGUUAUUGUUAAAAUAAUUAAUGAAGUUAAUCAAUUGAUUUACUUUUAAAAUAUAAUUUUAUCUUUAAAUUAAACGCGCUUUAAUGACAUUACAUUGUAAAGCCGUGACAUAAAUAUACCUUAGAAUAUAUAUUUUGGUUAAAGGUGCUUUUCCACCAAUAAUAUCCGAGGAUGUGUAGCGAGGAAUGUGUUUGUAAAUAACCAAUAGUAUCGCUUCAAACG